AUGUAUGUCUCUUUGCGGAGCGCGAGUGGAGUGGUAGUUGCUAAUGAAUGCUGGACAGUUGACUACUUGCUCAAGCGGCCGAAAGGGCACCCGCUCAAGCCGAGAGAAGAGCUACGUGAGGUGAUAUUGGUCGAGACAACGCCUGGUGUAGAUGCUUCGACGGUAGUCGUAGAGGAUGGUGAAGCGUCUGCGGCGGCGGUAAGUGAUACGAUCAUGGGGGAAGACGAUGUUGUUGCAGGAGGUAUUUCGCGACCUCAGGAGCUUUCUCGUGAUUUUGGCUGGCGGUUCUCAACAGAUUACGAAUAUCUCGACGCACCGUAUCAGCGGAAUAGCGAAGCGGCCUUCUCAAGUCUCGACGGCAUCUCUGAGCAGCCUGCGGAGUAUGACGGGGACGUAGAAGAUGGUGAGCACACUGCACAGCGCUUGUAG